AUGUCGACAGACUGGUAUCCUUGCGGAUUGUUGAAUAACAAGCCCACAAACCCGUAUGCAGUGUUGAUCCUGAAUCAACCAAUCAACAAGAAUGCUUUAAAUGCUGUCAUAGAGUCAGCCUCGCUCUUGGUAUGCGCCGAUGGAGGAGCUAACAGAUUGCUGGAAUACGAUCAAGAUACUGCGAACGGCUUCAAGAAACGUUUGCCAGAUGCCAUCAUAGGUGACCUCGAUUCCCUGACGAAGCGCGCGGAACAACACUAUCGCGCUCGCGGAGUGCAUCUUGUCAGAGAGCCCGACCAAUAUUCCACAGAUUUUACCAAAUGCCUCAAGUGGAUUCGCCACUGGGCUACAGAGGUCGCGGUCUCGUCCAACUCCAGGAUGGACGUCGUUGUGCUUGGAGGACUCGGUGGUCGCGUAGACCAGGGCUUUUCUCAGGUCCAUCAUUUAUACCUGGCGGAAAACGACAAAGAACUUUUGAACGGCCGGAUUUAUCUCCUAUCGGAACAAAGCUUAUCAUUUGUCCUAGCUGAUAGCAUCAAUGUGGUUCAUCUUGAAGCUGGAUAUUUUGAAGAAAACGUCGGAAUCAUUCCAGUCCUUGGACACACGUUGAUCACCACCAAAGGUCUCGAGUGGGACGUCGACCAAUGGCCUACGGAAUUUGGUGGCCAGAUGAGUACAAGUAAUCACAUCCGCUCCGACACGAUAGAGCUUUCCUUUGAAGGGCCCAGACCUGUGUUCACCCUGGAACUUCACCCACGCCUCACAGUUGCUGGAUCCUGA